AUGAAAUUGCCACGUUACAACAUAAGCUGGUGGUCGCAUUUAAGGUUGAUGCGAUUGCCACGUUACAACAUAAAAGCUGGUGGUCGCUUUUUAAGUUUAAUGAUGAAGAAACGAAGUGAUGGCUGGAAUUUACAACGGAAAAAAUGCAAAUACCAAAGAGCAGUAUGGCGUUGAGAGGUGCUGCAAGGGCUGGUGGUGCUUGCAUUGAAAGACAAAGAACCACCCCAUUUCUCCUUUCAUCUUCUCCAUUAUUUUUUAGGGUACGAUCCCUUCAUUCCCCUUCACAUCCUCUCCUAAGAUUCACAUCUUUUCCUAACCCCAAAACUGGAUUUAAGUAUCAGAUUCGGGCAAUACAAGAGGUAACUGCAGAUACUGUAAAAUCCCAGAAAGGAAAAGAAGAUGAUGAACAAAAUUCCCCACAAAAUUGGAAGAUUAAAAUGCUGUAUGAUGGAGAUUGUCCGCUUUGCAUGCGUGAGGUUGAUAUGCUAAGGGAGAGAAAUAAGCAAUAUGGCACUAUCAAGUUUGUUGACAUAAGUUCUGAUGAUUAUUCUCCUGAAGAAAAUCAAGGAUUGGACUACAAAACCGUUAUGGGAAGAAUUCAUGCCAUUCUCUCUGAUGGAACUGUUGUCACAGAUGUUGAGGCGUUUAGAAAAUUGUAUGAGCAAGUUGGUCUUGGAUGGGUUUAUGCCAUUACCAAAUAUGAACCAAUUGCGACAAUUGCCGAUUCCAUCUAUGGUGUUUGGGCAAAAUAUCGGCUUCAAAUUACUGGUAAAACAUAGGCCGGCCACCAUUAGAAGAGGUCUUGGAGACAAGAAGAAAGAAAAAGGCUGACAUAUGCAAUGACAACAAUUGCAAGAUAUGAAGUUUCCUAUUAAUUGCAGAUGACAGGAUACUUUUGUGAAACCUUAUCCUUAUGAUACGACCUUACACUCUUUUUUAACUUUCCAACAUUAUACAAGACAUACAAUUGACCUUUAGCAAUUGGUCAAACUUCUGUAUAUUAUUCAUGUAAUUAACAUAUUAGAUUAUAAAGAUAUAUACUUUGAGAA